AUUAGGAGUAGGUGGAGCCAGUGCCAAGUUCCUAUACCUGAUUUCUGGUGAAGAGACAAACACAGCAGUGCUGUCUUGUUUUGUGAAAACUUCUAAUGGAGCUGGGGUUUGUGUUCGGCUUUGUGCUUUUCUUCUUAGCUGGAAACUUCUGCUUCACUACACAAAAUUGGUUAAACGUCAGCACCAAUGACACUUUUAGCCAAAUCCCAAAAGAAGAAGUGACAACAAGCUCGCAGCUGCCAAGAUCACUGCAGACAGCCGGACGUCACCAGAUGGAACAAAAGGAUCCGGCCGGCUUUCCUGUCAGCUACCGGGUCAGGAGCCACCAGCUCAGGAAGCAGAAACCUUCCCAGCUGGAGCAGGGGGAGACCGUCCAAACUCAAGAGUUGGCACAACUGCAGGAACAAGAUCCAGAUCUAAACCUAGCAGUCAAGCAGAAAUCAAAGGUGCCAGUGAAGUUUGAGGAGCGGGUUCCUGUGCCAGCUGACAGUGUGGUGGUGGACUGUGGCGAAGUAAAGGUCACCGUCGAGGUCAAGCGGAACUUCCUAGGAAACGGUCAGUUGAUCCGUCCGAGUGAUCUGACCUUAGGAGACUGCGCUGCGGUAGACACUGAGGGACUCGUCCUGGGGUUUCAAACGGAGCCGGAGGGCUGCGGCAGCACAGUGACGAUGACUGAAGAAGCCAUCAUCUACACAUUUACUCUGAUGUACUCUCCGACUCCGAUUAGCAACACCUUCAUUUUAAAGACCAACCCUGUUGAAGCGGUAAUUCAGUGCCACUAUAAAAGGAGGCAUUACGUAAACAGCGAUGCCUUGAGACCCACCUCGAAGCCGUUGGCCUCCCUCAUGCAAGUGGAACAGUGGCUGCACUUCUCCCUGCAUCUCAUGACAGAGGACUGGCAGUCGCAGAGGCCUUCCAGCGUUUAUUUCCUGAAUGACGUGAUGCACAUUGAGGCGGCGGUCCUCAGGGGUAACCACAUACCUCUGAGGGUCUACGUGGACGGCUGCGUGGCCACUGCGAACCCAGAUCCAUACUCUCAACCCAGAUACAGCCUCAUUAACAACCACGGAUGUUUAACUGACACUAAGCUGACGGGAUCCAAGUCUUACUUCAUGCCGAGGAGCCACGAGGAUAAACUUCACUUCCAGCUGAAGGCCUUCAGGUUCCACCGAGAUGACAGGAAGGCUCUCUACAUCACAUGUCACCUGAAAGCAACGCCAGUCUCUGCACCCGUCGACUCGGAGCACAAAGCCUGCUCAUUCCUGUCUGAAGCUAAGAGAUGGGUGGCAUCAGGUGGAGACAAUAAGGUGUGUAGCUGCUGUGAGACCAGCUGCAGCACGCAGAGAUGGAAAAGAAGCCUUGCAGCAAAUGAUGCUCUGCGGUGGGAGGGGACGGUUGCUCUGGGCCCCAUCCUGCUGGAGGAGAACGUUCUGGAAGAGGGGUCGACUGAGCCGCUUGAGCUUCCUCCAGAACCAGUUUCUCUGCAGCAGACACAAGAAGUCACUCGAGCUGCCUUGUUUUCAGCAGUAGCCCUGCUGUGUGGAGUCUGGAUGGUGCUUGCUGUGGUGUUAGUUUUCACCAGCACUGUGAUUUGCAGCAGACUUCGCAAACCCACCGGAUACUCUAUUUGCACCUGAGUAAGAAGAAAAUAAAGCAUUCAUACCCAUG